AUGUUGAGUAGGAAGCUUUCUCUGGAAGAAUUUUGCGGUGAUCUCUCGGUUACUUUUUGGGAGGGUCAAAGUACCCCCAUAAUACAUCCCAUUGAAAAUGAACGAAUGAGAAGAGCUCGUUCUAUCCGUCAAUUGGGUUUUGGUACAAUUGGCCAAGCACCAGACCGGCCAAACCUUACAGAAUUUACUUUGACUCGGACAGAAACAUCUGCCAGUUUUGUGGGUAAACUGCUUUUUACUUGGAUUAAUGAGACCAUUGUCCGAGGUUACUAUGGGGAACUUUUUUCCCUCAGAUUUCUUCCACUUCUCCCCAAAUCUUUAAGUGCCAAAACUUUGGAGGAAGUUUCCAAUGUUGAACUAACAGUCUGUAAAAUUAAAACGAAAUUCGAUGCAGCGAUUCCUCUUAUCAGUCGGCUUUUUGUUCAUUUCGGCACGGAGUUUUUGAUGCUUGGAUUGAUCAAAUUUGCAUUUAGUAUGACUAGUUUAUUAAGUCCAGUUUUUCUUAAUAAAUUCAUUGGCGAGCUCGUACAUGUUUCCACUGACUGGAAACCGGCAUUGCUUUGGGGAGUCGCACUGAUUCUUUCCCAUCUGAUGAAUGUCUUUCUCGGAACUGCAUAUACGUAUUGGACUCCACGUUUUGGGUUGAAAAUAAAAGUGUAUGUUACAACCCUUGUCUAUCGGCAAUUGAUGAGACGUAGGUCGUCUACUUUGUCCAAAUUCAGUACUGGCAACCUAGUUAAUCUUCUCACAUCUGAUACUGAAAGAGUUGUAAACUUAACACCAAGUUUCAAUGAGCUAUGGGCUAUGCCAGUUCAAGUAAUUGUGGCAGUUUGGUUGCUCUAUUGUCAAGUCGGUGUCUCCUGCUUUGUUGGUGUUGCUAUCUUCAUCCUCCUUCUUCCAUUAAAUCGAGUAAUUACUAGUCUAAUUGGGAGAUUUUCCUCUGAUUUUAUGCAUCACAAGGACUUACGAGUUAAGUUGGUGUCGGAGAUGCUUCACGCCAUGACUACCGUCAAGUUGGCUUGCUGGGAACAUCUAAUGCGCCGAAAAAUUCUCAAUGUUCGGCAUUGUGAAUUGAAUGCGUUGAGGGGACAGAAAUUGCUGGAUGCGGUUUGUGUCUUCCUUUGGGCAGCUUGCCCGGCUUUGCUAGCUGGAUCAACCUUUGCAACUUUUGUCGCACUAGGCAACGCUCUCUCAGCAGCAAAGAUUUUCACGAGUCUUGCGCUUUUCAAUAUCUUCAUAGUUCCAAUGAAUGCUUUUCCAUGGGUCCUCAAUGGUGUUGUCGAAGCCUGGAUAUCUGCCGGUAGAAUAUGUCGGCUUUUUGAGACUGACGAUUUGACUGUGUGUUCGAUUAAUCCGGCAUUUAACGCCGACGAUAAUCCAAGAGAACAAUCUCAGAUACAGGGAAAUUCUGAACUCGUACUAAAAUCUCCUCUAUUUUAUUGGGAAUCUGUUGAUAACCCGGCGCUUACUGACUUAAAUGUAACAAUAUCGAUGGGUCAACUUAUUGGUGUCAUCGGACCCAUAGCGUCAGGAAAGUCGUCUUUCCUCCUUGCUCUCAUGGGUGAACUGCAAACACCUGUACCUCAGUUCAUGUCGGCCCAACUUCGUUUUGCCUAUGUCGGAUUCACCCCUUGGCUUCAAAAGGGUAGUAUUCUGGCGAAUAUAUUAUUCGGGGAACCGCUUGAGUCCAAGUGGUUAGCUGCUGUUGUUGAUGCUUGUGGAUUGUCGGAGGAUCUGGCUGAAAUGCCCGAAGGUAUGGACACCGAGGUUGGCGAGGCUGGCAGUCGGCUCUCUGGAGGUCAGAAGGCUCGAGUGGCUCUAGCCAGGGCUGUCUACCAGCGCGCCGACGUUUACCUCUUUGAUGAUCCUUUGGCUUCCCUGGACACUCACGUGGCUCACAGCAUCAUACAGAAAUGCAUCGGUCAACGCGGAAUUCUAGCAGGCAAGACGCGAAUCUUUGCAACGCAUAGAUCUGAGUGGCUAUUCAACGAGGAGGAUAUGAGUCUUGGUGGCCCUGCUGACCGAGUCAUUACAUUGUCCGAAGGUCGAAUUGUGCAGCAAUGGACUUCACAAAAUCGAGCUGUUCAAUCAAUUAGCAAUGAACCGGCUUAUUUUAUUUCAAAUGGGGAAGUCAGUUCUACUCCCGACUCCAGUUUUGAGGGCAUACUUGAAGAUAGAAACGAGCAGACACCUUUAUUGCCUUUCUCACCUGAAGAAGAUAACGACCGAGCAUUUGAUUCAGCUGAAGACGAGGUAUCAACAGAUUGGGAAAAGUUCGCUUUCGGCUCAAUUGCGUCUCGAGUCUAUCGAUCAUAUGUCCGUGCAUUGGGUUUCUGUCUUGCCUCAUGGGUGCUGAUUUCUCUCACUUUGAUGCAAGCCAGUCGAAAUGGUCAGGACUAUUGGUUGUCUUACUGGAUGCAGGAAGGCGAGAUGAAUAUCACCUCUCCAUCAGUGUACUACAUUGGCACUCACUCUUUUCUUUUCGAUCAGUCUUAUGAUCACCCGUUUGCAAAUGUACCAGCUGCGAACUCAAAUAAGUUCUACUUCUCUGUUUACGGCGGCAUAAUUGGAGCCAACCUUAUCUUUACAAUGCUUCGAGCAGUUCUCUUCGCCCUUGCUGGUCUUCAAGCUGCAGCCACUAUCCAUCAACAUAUGCUGGAUGCUGUUCUUCAGGGCGAAAUGCAUUUCUUCGAAGUCACUCCGCUGGGCCGUAUUCUCAACAGAUUCUCCUCAGAUGUGGGCACUAUUGAUGACAGUUUACCCUUCCUUCUAAAUAUCUUUUUGGCCAUAUUGUUUUCCCUCCUGGGUUCUCUUGUCGUCACCUGCUUUGCUAUGCCGGGCAUUCUCGUCAUUUGUUUGCCUCUUCUCUUUGUCUACUGGUCUGUGCAACGUGUCUACAGGACCGCUGCACGGGAUCUCAAACGACUCUCCAGCACAGCCAGAUCGCCGGUGUACGCACACUUCUCAGAAACGAUUGGAGGUCUGGUCGUAAUCCGGGGUCUGCGCAAGGAGGUUGCAUUCCAGGCAGCCGCGGGUGCGCGGCUUAACGCACAGACGCGCUGUGAAUUGACCACUCUCGCAGCCGCUGCGUGGCUCAACCUCCGCCUCCAGCUGAUCGCUCUUCUCGUCGUCGUCUGUGUCGUCCUCAUCUCUCUCUUUGGCCGAGCUGUCGGACUCCUGGAUGUGAGUCUAGCCGGAUUGGCAGUGAUUUACGCCCUGAUGCUCGCUAGCUCGAUGACCGCGUUGGUGACUAUGAUGAGCGAUACAGAGAAGGACUUUGUCGCAGUCGAACGGUGUCGAGAGUUGACGGAAGAGACGCCUUUUGAAGCUGAUAUUGUCGCCUGCUCUGCUGUGGCCCCAAGACGCCGUCAGUCGCUAAGUCAAACGCGCUUUGUACAAACCGAGUUGCCCACCUGUUCCCAAGUUGAUGUUGCGUGGCCAAAAGCGGGUCGCAUUUCAUUCGAAGAUGUCUAUCUCUUGUAUCCCUCUGCGACCACAUCGACCGAGCAAGCUGCAGCAGUUGUGGAGGAGAAUGCAAAGGAGAACUUUGCGCUGAGUGGCGUUUCCCUUAAAGUAGAGACGGGCGAGCAUAUCGGUGUGGUUGGUCGGACGGGUUCGGGUAAGUCCUCUCUCCUGCGCGUCCUCUUUCGUCUCGUGCCCCACCUCGAGGGACCUGUUACGAACCCACAGAUUGCCCGCCUCAAAAACUUCCGUGGCGCUACUGGCACGGUGAAAGUUGAUGAUGUAGAUGUGCGCCAAGUGCCACUGAACAUUCUGCGCUCAAGAAUGCUGUGUGUUUCGCAGGAUCCUUUCUUGUUUUCCGGCACUGUUCGCGAAAAUCUUGAUCCUGAUGGUUCCUACUCAGAUGGCCAGUUGACGGACAUACUGAUCAGAUGUGGUUUGGUGAACGAAGAGAGCGGAGCCUUAGCAUUUCUAUCUAGUGAAGUAGGUGAGGCGGGUCGGAGCCUAUCAGCAGGACAGCGGCAACUGCUUUGCCUUGCUCGAGCCCUCUUCCGUCUUAGUCCUGCUCGGCACAGUGUCAUCUGCCUUGAUGAGGCCACUUCAUCUCUCGAUGACGCUUGCGAGAGGAAGAUUCAGGAUAUGUUGGUCAAUGAGUUUGCAAAUUCGACCGUCUUACUAGUAGCACAUCGCCUCUCCACGGUGCUGAGCUGUUGCUCCCGCGUGGUGGUGAUGAACUUUGGCCGCAUCGUUGAGGAGGGCUCACCGCAGCACUUGGCCCAGAUUCCCACCUCGUACUUUUACAAAAUGCUCCACAACUAUGACUCCCCUUCCUAA